GGAUUACAAGAACGUGAUGACGAAAGACGUUCUCUCUUUGCCCCAUCUACUGCGAGGAUGAAGACCAUUCUCAGCAAUCAGACUGUGGACAUUCCAGAGAAUGUCGAAAUCACUCUGAAGGGGCGCACAGUCAUUGUGAAGGGCCCCAGGGGGACUCUGCGGAGGGACUUCAAUCACAUCAACGUGGAGCUGAGUCUUCUUGGGAAGAAGAAGAAAAGGCUCCGGGUUGACAAAUGGUGGGGUAACAGAAAGGAACUGGCCACCGUCAGGACCAUCUGCAGUCAUGUUCAGAACAUGAUCAAGGGUGUCACGCUGGGCUUCCGAUACAAGAUGCGGUCUGUGUACGCUCACUUCCCCAUCAACGUCGUCAUCCAGGAGAAUGGCUCUUUGGUUGAAAUCCGAAAUUUCUUGGGUGAAAAAUACAUCCGCAGGGUUCGGAUGAGGACAGGUGUGGCUUGUUCUGUCUCUCAAGCCCAGAAGGAUGAGUUAAUCCUUGAAGGAAAUGACAUUGAACUUGUUUCAAAUUCAGCUGCCCUGAUUCAGCAAGCCACAACAGUUAAAAACAAGGAUAUCAGGAAGUUUUUGGACGGCAUCUAUGUGUCUGAGAAGGGAACUGUGCAGCAGGCUGACGAGUGAGGAGGCCUCAGUUCCUGGCCCCAGAAACGAGAUCCUGACCACAUGAACAAUUUGGGCUCUUUUGGGAGAAUAAAAGACUUAUAUAUUGA